GCGACGCCGGGUCCGCGAGGCAGCGAGCGACGCAGCGCCGCCGCGGCCGCGAAAGCCAAGGAAACCGAAAGGGACACGUCGGCGGCAAGGUCGGGCCAGGCCCCUCACGGCCCCACGGCGGGACUGACGGGGUGCAGUCGCUGACGGCCGGCUUGUUGACGGCCUGGGCCUCGGCAAAGGCGGCGAGGGCGGCGCGGCGGGAUCAAAAUGGUGGUCAAGUCCAGCCGCAGCGCUCCUCUCAUCAGCGCCUCCACCACCUCCCUCAACCACCACCACCACCACCACCACCACCAGGGGCGAUCCAGGGAGGAGCCCCUGCGCGUCACGGUGCACUACCGUGACCUGUCCGGCGCCACUUCCUACGCGCGCGAUGGCAGCGUGCUUGCGUCGUCGGGGUCCGCGGGCCGCUGGGGGGCCUCCAGCGGCCACCACGGCCAGGUGGCGGGGUCCCUGAUCUCCGACACGGCUCGUCCUGGUGGGCGCCGGGUGCGCUUCGACCUGCCGAGCAGCGGCAGCGAUGCCUCGGAUGGCGGCGGCGGCGGCCCAGCACAGCAGCAGCCGCAGCGGUCCCCCUGGAGUGGUGGCGGCUCGAGUCACAGCGCGGGUCCGGGGCCGCCAUCGCGCCCCUCAGCGCCCACCCUGGCGCAGCACGGCCAGGCCCACCACGGCCACCACGGCCAUCACGCCUACCACGGCUACCACGGCGGCAACACCAGCGCCGCCGUCCUCGCCGCCGCGAGGGACGGUGACCACCACGCCCUGCUGGAGGUGCUGCGGAGGAACCCGCCGCCCAGCACGCUGAACCACCGCGACGGCCAGGGCAGGACCCCCGCCAGCCACCUGGCCGCGCUGGGCGGCGCCGGCGGCAGCGCGGGGCUCCUGGAGCUGCUGCUGCAGUGCCCCGGCGUGGACGUGAACCAGCCCGACAGCGAGGGCAACACGCCGCUGCACUUCGCGGCGCAGGCCGGCCAGCUGGAGGCCGUCAACGCCCUGCUGCGGCAGCCCGACGUGCAGGUGGACGCGCGCAACGCGCAGGGCUUCACGCCGCUCAUGAAGGCCGCGCUGCAGGGCAGGACCAAGUGCGCGCGCGCCCUGCUGCUCGCAGGCGCGUCGCCCACGCUGCGCGACACGGGCCGCGGCCUGCGCGCCGAGCAGUGGGCGCGCUUCUGCGGGCGCCACGUGUGCGCGGAGCUGAUCGAGCGGCUGGCGAGGCAGCGGCUGCUGGACCGCGGCACGGCGUACGGCCGCUGGGGCUCGGAGCCGGAGCUGCAGGCCGCGCUGGGACGCGUGCAGCAGGCACGCAGCGGCACGCUCGCCAACACCACGGCGCCGAGGUCCAUCAAGUCCCGGGUGCGGCGCGCCUUCCGCUCCGGCACCGCCAGCGACCUGCCCGCCGCGCCCUCGGCCUCGGCGGCCUCCUCGUCCUCGCCGGCCUUCUCGCUCAUCACGCAGCUGACGGGCGCCGGGCUGUGUGCCUCCACGCCCGCGCUCCCCGUGCCCUCCAUGCCCCCCGUGGUCAAGUCCCUGCUGCGGCCGCUCAGCGUGCCCCGGCUGCAGGUGACGCUGGUCGGGGAGGCGCCGCCGCCCCCGCUGCCCCCGCGAGACGCGCCGCCCCCGCGCGGCCCACCGCCGCCCCCGGCGCGGCCCGCGGUCCGCGCCAAAUAG